ACACCCGAAAACCCACAUUCAUUCAUCCAUGUGUCAGAGUUGGUUGACCCAGAGAAGUUAGAACGAUUUAUGAAAACAAGCUAUCCAGUCCUAGAACAGGCCUAGCCAAUUUUGUUAUCAGUUGGGGUUUUAGCUAAAUGUUUUUUUUGAUUAUUCAGAUAUGACAAAGAUUUUACAGGCCUACAGUCUUGCUAAAUCACUGCAACAAGGAUGCGUGGUUGGCAGAAAAUUUGGGAACACAUCUACUACGUGGUUGAAACUACAGCCUGCUCAGUUUUUUAGCGUGAAGGCCCAAACAGCACAUCUGGUUUUAGACGAUGGCACCAGGAUGAAAGGAUUUUCCUUUGGUCACAGUGGCUCUGUGGCAGGAGAGCUGGUUUUCAACACAGGACUGGUGGGUUACCCGGAGGCCCUGACUGACCCGAGCUACAGGGGUCAGAUCCUCACCCUGACGUACCCCAUUGUGGGCAACUAUGGAGUCCCGAACACACAAGAGCUGGACGAGCUGGGACUGAGAAAACAUGUGGAGUCAGAACGCAUACAGGUUUCUGGUCUUUUGGUGCAAGAUUAUAGCCACGAGUACAGUCACUGGAACUCCGUUAAAUCAUUAGGGGAAUGGCUGAAUGAAGAGAAGAUACCAGCGCUGUUUGGAAUAGACACCCGAAUGCUUACAAAGAUUAUUAGAGAUAAGGGUACAGUUUUGGGAAAGAUUGAAUUUAAUGGGCAGCCUGUAGAGCUCACCGACCCCAACCAGAGAAACCUUGUUGCAGAAGUGUCUACAAAGGAGAUUAAGGUUUUUGGAAAAGGAAACCCAAUCAAGGUCGUGGCUGUUGACUGUGGCAUUAAGCAUAACAUCAUCCGUCUUCUGGUGAAGCGUGGGGCAGAAGUUCAUUUGGUCCCAUGGAAUCAGGACUUGACAAGUCUAGACUAUGAUGGUUUGUUCAUUUCAAAUGGACCAGGAGACCCAGCUCUGGCCCAAACUCUCAUCCAGAAUGUCCGCAAGGUUUUAGAAAGUGAUCGUCCUCAGCCUGUAUUUGGCAUUUGCAUGGGAAAUCAGAUCACUGCUCUCGCUGCUGGAGCCAAGUCAUACAAACUUCCUAUGGGUAACAGGGGCCAGAACCAGCCAGUGCUGAAUGUGAUGACAGGCCAGGCUUUCAUUACUGCGCAGAACCACGGUUAUGGCAUUGACAGUGAGUCCCUGCCCGAGGGGUGGAGCCCACUGUUCGUCAAUGCCAACGAUGGCACAAAUGAGGGCAUCAUGCACAAAACUAAACCUGUUUUCACGGCCCAGUUUCAUCCAGAGGCUAAAGGCGGUCCCACUGACACGGAGUUUCUCUUUGAUGCAUUCAUAUCCUUGAUCAAAAAAGGAAAAGAUGGCAACAUUGUGUCAGUCAUGCCCAAGAAACCAUCCCUCCCUCCCAGACCUAAGGUUUCAAAGGUUUUGGUUCUCGGAUCUGGAGGUCUGUCCAUUGGCCAGGCUGGAGAGUUUGACUACUCUGGAUCUCAGGCAGUCAAGGCUAUGAAGGAAGAGAGUUUAAAGACUGUGCUGAUGAACCCAAACAUUGCCUCAGUUCAAACUAAUGAAGUGGGAACAAAGCAGGCGGACUCUGUGUACUUUCUGCCCGUUACGCCAAAGUUUGUGACUGAGGUGAUCAAAACUGAGCGCCCUGAUGGCAUCUUACUUUCUAUGGGAGGACAAACUGCACUCAACUGCGGAGUCGAAUUGUUCAAAAGUGGUGUCCUGGAAAAGUAUGGGGUCAAAGUGCUUGGAACCCCUGUUGAGUCCAUCAUGGCUACUGAGGACAGACAGCUGUUUGCAGAUAAACUCAUGGAGAUCAAUGAAAAGAUUGCUCCCAGUAUAGCUGUUGAAUCUGUUUCAGAUGCAUUGAAAGCAGCGGAGAAAAUUGGCUACCCUGUAAUGUUACGGUCAGCUUAUGCCCUGGGUGGCUUGGGCUCUGGUCUGUGUGGUAGUAAAGAAAAACUGGAGGAAACAGCUCGCAAGGCUCUGGCCAUGUCCAGUCAGAUCCUGGUAGAGAAGUCGCUGUUGGGCUGGAAGGAGGUGGAGUAUGAAGUGGUGCGAGAUGUGGCAGACAACUGUGUGACUGUCUGCAACAUGGAGAACUUUGACCCACUGGGAAUCCACACUGGGGACUCGAUUGUGGUGGCACCAAGUCAAACUUUGUCCAAUGAGGAGUACCACAUGCUCCGUGAGACAGCCAUCAAAGUAGUGCGUCAUUUGGGUAUUGUGGGCGAGUGCAAUAUUCAAUACGCUUUACACCCAUCGUCCCUCGAAUAUUGCAUCAUUGAAGUUAAUGCGCGCCUCUCUCGGAGCUCUGCCUUGGCAUCGAAAGCCACUGGGUAUCCAUUAGCAUUUGUAGCUGCUAAGCUAGCUCUAGGCAUCCCUCUACCCGAGAUCAAGAAUGCAGUAUCACAGAAGACCACAGCCUGCUUCGAGCCCAGUCUGGACUACAUCGUCACCAAAAUCCCUCGCUGGGAUCUGGACCGCUUCCAGGGCAUGUCCCUGGAAAUAGGCAGUGCCAUGAAAAGUGUUGGAGAGGUGAUGGCGGUGGGCCGGACCUUUGAGGAGAGCAUGCAGAAGGCCCUGAGGAUGUGUCACCCCUCUGUGGACGGCUUCAUGCCCCGACUGCCUCUGAACAAAGCCUGGUGCCACUCUUACGACUUGCGGCAGGAGCUGGCUGUGCCCUCCAGCACCCGCAUUUUCUCCAUCGCCAAGGCUCUCCAUGGUGGCAUGAGUGUGGAUAAGAUAAAUCAGCUGACAACCAUAGAUAAGUGGUUCCUCCAUAAACUCAACAGGAUCACACAACUGGAGCAGUAUCUGAACCUCUACAGAAGCAACACAAUUCCCAGUGAGCUGUUGUUAAAAGCCAAGCAGGAUGGCUUUUCUGACCGCCAGAUUGGUCAUAUAUUCGGCUCCUCUGAGCGAGCAGUCAGAGAACUCCGUCUGUCCCACGACAUCAAACCUUGGGUCAAACAAAUUGACACACUGGCGGCAGAGUAUCCAGCCAUGACUAACUACCUCUACUGCACAUACCAUGGCCAGGAGCAUGAUCUAGACUUUAAAGAUCAGGGGAUAAUGGUUCUUGGUUGUGGCCCAUAUCACAUUGGCAGUAGUGUAGAGUUUGACUGGUGCGCAGUGUCCAGUAUCCGAGCUCUUAGGCAGAUGGGGAAGAAGACAGUUGUGGUGAACCAUAAUCCAGAGACGGUCAGUACGGACUUUGACGAGUGCGACCGCCUGUACUUUGAGGAGCUGACUCUGGAGCGCAUACUGGACAUCACACAACAGGAGGGGUGCUCUGGCAGUAUAGUGUCAGUAGGAGGUCAGAUCCCCAAUAACCUGGCUGUCCCGCUGCACCUGAACGGAGUAAAGAUUCUUGGGACCAGCCCGUUACAGAUCGACCGAGCAGAGGAGCGCUCCAUCUUCUCCAGUAUUUUGGAUGACCUUGGAGUGGCCCAGGCCCCGUGGAGAGCUCUGAGUUCACUGGACGAUGCCUUUGCUUUUGCCAACCAGGUGGGAUAUCCGUGCCUUCUCCGUCCAUCCUAUGUUCUUAGUGGAUCUGCCAUGAACGUAGCAUAUGGAGAAGAGGAGAUGAAACGCUUCCUGGAGGAGGCCACUCAAGUGUCGCAGGAGCAUCCAGUGGUUAUCACAAAGUUCAUCCGUGGAGCCAGAGAGGUGGAGAUGGAUGCUGUGGCCAAAAAUGGAAAGGUGCUGGUUCAUGCCAUCACAGAGCACGUAGAGGACGCCGGGGUGCACUCUGGAGAUGCUACACUCAUACUCCCAACCCAGACUAUUAGCCAGGGAGCACUAGAAAAGGUUAAGAUUGCCACCUGGAAAAUUGCCAAAGCAUUUGAGAUUUCAGGCCCUUUUAACACCCAAUUUCUGGUCAAAGGCAAUGAUGUCAUGGUGAUUGAGUGUAACCUCCGUGCAUCCCGCUCCUUCCCAUUUGUGUCCAAAACUAUUGGGGUGGACUUCAUAAAUGUGGCCACCAAAGUGAUGGUGGGAGAGCCGGUGGAUGAAGCCAGCCUGCCUUCUCUGGACAGACCGUUCAUUCCUAUUGACUACGUGGGCAUCAAGGCGCCCAUGUUCUCGUGGCCGAGGCUGCGUGAUGCUGACCCAGUGCUGCGCUGUGAAAUGGCCUCCACUGGAGAGGUUGCUUGUUUUGGGCCAAACAUUUAUUCAGCCUUCCUCAAGGCUAUGCUCUCCACGGGCUUCAAGCUGCCCCAGAAGGGCAUCCUGAUUGGGAUUCAGCAAUCUUUUCGACCAAAUUUCCUGGCUACAGCUCACCAGCUCAAAGAGGAAGGAUUCAAGCUUUAUGCAACUGAUGCCACCUCCACCUGGCUGUGUGCUAAUGAUGUACCUGCCACUCCUGUCGCCUGGCCCAGUGAUGACGGACAGCAGUCAAACCUACCGAGUAUUCAAAGGCUUAUCAGUGAGGGGGAUAUUGACCUUGUAGUGAACCUGCCCAAUAACAACACUCGCCACAUAAAGGACAACUUCCGUAUUCGCAGAUUGGCAAUUGACUACAGUGUACCGCUCAUCACCAACUAUCAGGUGGUGAAGCUGUUUGCAGAGGCCAUUCGUUACGCAGAUGAAAUCGACAUGACUAGUCUUUUCCACUACCGACAGAAAGACGGAAAACAAGCCAGCCAGGCGUAGAGCUCCUGUCUUUGUUCUAUUUUAUUGUGUGUUCUACUAAAUGUUUCAUGUAUUUGAUCUCUCCCUGUUGAGGUAGAACCAUAUGAAUCAUAACUUCUGACUGACAGAUGUAAAACAACAACCGUGCCUCUUGUUUUAUCAUAAUGUUUACAACUUAUCAAAGCCGCCUGUCCUUUGUGUUGUUCUCCAUGUGGAUAUUUGCUCUGCUUUUGUUCAUAAAAGUGUUAAACCUGCGAAUAUCAUGUUUAUAAAUAAUGACUUUGAUUAAAUGAAUAUUGAGAAAGCGACUAAUAUUAAAGGUCAUUAUGCUGAUAACAGUGGUGCUGGGCGGCAGCUGUUGAAUUGUGGCCAAAUAUUUAAAAAGAAAUCCAUAUUUUUUUGUUUAAGGCCCUGUUUUUUAUUCAUAAUUUUAAGAUAAAACUAACUGAAGAUUAAUGAUGUAUUUUAAUUUACCCUAUGAGGGUACUGUGUAGAAUGCUUGUUACUGCUUUGUUCCAUUUGUUGCCAUUUUAAUAAAGUGACAGGUCAAACGGUU